CCGACAUUAGAACCCCUUACCCUAUUUUAUAGGCUCCAGAGCCAUUGGUGCUCUAUCACACAGCAACUCGGAAAUUAAGGGCUGUGUCUUUAAGCACCAGAUGGAGUGAUGGAGUCCGGCACUACCAGGACAUGGUGGGAAGGACACAUCAAUUCUUUCCAAAGAAAGCAAACUGGGUGUGGACAGUGUAGAAAUGCCAUUCAUUACAAAGAAAGAUCUUGUUUUUUGGUCACAGAGAGUAUCGCCGUAUGUGAGUCACACAGCUCUUGAUCUUCCACUCUUAAGAAAAUAAAGGUGGGAGUCUAGGGCUCUUUGACUGGUGCUGUUAUUGGUGCUCGGUGCCAGGUCAUGAAGAUCCGCUGGUCGAGGAAGGUGGCUCUCCUGGCCAAGGUCGGCUUCCUCUUUUCUCUGCUGUGGCUCUUCUAUCUCCUUAUAGUCCGUUCUUCCCCUUCAUCUCUGGCUAAUAAUGACGGUCAACGCGACAUCCUGGUCCGUGACCUUCCAUCAAAUGAGGAGGAGGACUCCGAUAACCUCCUGCGGCCUGUUAACGAGAAGCUAGCACCAGACUCCAACGCUCCUGGAGAAUAUGGCCGAGCCACUCGAUUGACCCUCAGCACUGAGGAGAAGAAAGAGGAGGAAGCCAGCAUUGAGCGCUAUGCCAUCAACAUAUUCAUCAGUGACAAGAUAUCUCUCCAUCGCCAUAUUCAAGACAACAGGAUGCACGAAUGCAAAGCAAAGAAGUACAACAUCCGUGGUCUGCCUACAACAUCAGUGGUCAUAGCAUUUUACAAUGAGGCCUGGUCCACUUUACUAAGAACCAUCCACAGUGUGCUGGAGACGACGCCAGCCGUCCUACUGAAGGAGGUCAUUCUCGUGGAUGACUUCAGCGACAGAGUGUACCUGAAGUCACAGCUGGCUCAGUAUGUCAGUAACCUGGACCGUGUUCGUCUCAUUCGCACCAAAAAAAGAGAAGGUCUGGUUCGGGCACGGCUCAUCGGCGCCACCUACGCUACAGGACACGUGCUUACCUUCCUUGACUGCCACUGUGAAUGUGUGCCUGGCUGGAUCGAGCCACUGCUGGAGAGAAUUGCUGAGAAUGAGACCACCAUCAUAUGUCCAGUUAUUGACACCAUUGACUGGAACACAUUUGAGUUCUACAUGCAGACAGAUGAGCCGAUGGUGGGCGGCUUUGACUGGAGGCUGACAUUCCAGUGGCAUGGAGUGCCUGAAAUCGAUCGCAAGAUACGCAAAUCCAGAAUUGACCCCAUUAGGUCUCCCACUAUGGCAGGGGGGCUCUUUGCCGUCAGCAAGGCUUACUUUGAGUAUCUGGGCACUUACGACAUGGGCAUGGAGGUCUGGGGAGGAGAGAAUCUGGAACUUUCUUUCCGGGUGUGGCAGUGUGGAGGGUCUUUAGAAAUUCACCCAUGCUCCCAUGUGGGUCACGUUUUCCCCAAGAAAGCGCCCUACUCCCGAUCCAACUUCCUUCAGAACACUGUCCGUGCUGCGGAGGUUUGGAUGGACUCUUACAAACAGCACUUCUAUAACCGAAACCCACCUGCACGCAAGGAAUCUUACGGAGAUAUAUCUGAAAGGAUUGUACUGAGAGAGCGGCUUCAGUGUAAGAGCUUUGAAUGGUAUCUGAAGAACAUCUAUCCCAGCCUGCAUGUGCCAGAGGACAGGCCUGGAUGGCACGGAGCGGUGCGUAGUGCUGGAAUCCACUCUGAAUGCCUGGACUACAAUGCCCCGGACCACAAUCCCACAGGAGCUCACCUGUCCCUGUUCGGCUGCCAUGGUCAGGGCGGUAAUCAGUACUUCGAGUACACAUCUCAAAAGGAGAUUCGAUUUAACUCCGUGACCGAGCUGUGUGCUGAAGUCCAGGAUGGAUUGACACAAAUCGGGAUGAAGCAUUGCCCACAAGACGGUGCUCCCGUUCCUCCCGGCAUCGUGUGGGAGUUCAGAGACGAUGGCAGCAUAUAUAACCCUCAUUCAAACAUGUGCAUCACGUCCUAUCGCAAAGAAGAUGGCCGUACUGAUAUCCAGAUGAGAAGUUGCUCUCCCGGAGACAAACACCAGCGCUGGAACUUCGAGUGACUUUAAUCCUUAUGUGAACUUAAAUGUAAGUGCAAUUAUCAAAAGGAACGUCUUUUCCGUUUAAAAAGGCAUAAAAAUGGGACCCAUCCUCCAGAUAGUGCCUUUGCAAACCAAAGCGGACAUAUAUUUGUAGUGCCAAUUCUUACGUUUCCUUGUCAGAGACGUUCAGCGUCCUAUUACAAGUCUGAAGUGCAUUUUAGAACUGAUAAUAUCACAUUGUAGCAAAUUCAACCAUCCAACGAACAUAGUGUUGUUGUGUUGGAGCAGCUUUUUUUGUUUACAUUGAUGCACUAUAUGCAUUUUAGUGAAUCAUUUUUAGACUCGGCAGUAGAUCAUCUUUAAAUCUACUCCACAGUGAUUUUAUUUAAUUGUACCAGAAGUGACUGAUUUGAAGAUGUUGUGAAUGGGUUUGUCUCGAUUGUUGCUUAUUGGUUUCCUACGGUAUUUUUUUGUGUCUGUUUUCUUUUCUAUUUUUAUAUUGUUAGGGUAUUUAGGGUCUUUUCACCUUAUUUUGAGCAAGCUUCAUGGACGAUUUUGGCACACUGGUGUUGAUGGAACUGUACAAGCAUUUAAACUAACGUCAGUGUUCAAAUACGGUAGUUUAAGUACGUACACUUCAUUUUGAAGUAGAUUACAGGAACUGCAUUUUAGAGUUGGAACAAAAUAUUAAGCAAUAGCUUGUCGCGAAAAGCAGAUGGAGGGCAGGAAGUGAUUUUCUACAUUAGGACACACUCA